UCAGUUGAGUUGCGGCGCUCCGACGGAUCGGACUUGGCGGAAGUGAAAAGAGCUGGCCCAUUCAGACCGGAUUCCAGUGACUAGCGUUCAGUUUGGGAGAAGCGAAUCUCCGGCGGGCGGAGAACGCAACGCGAAGGCUGCGAAUUGUUACCGCUGCGCAUGCGCAGACAGGCGUACUUGUUUUUGUUGCGGCUUAAUUACCACGCCCCCCGCCCAUCGAGCGGCCCGUUUUAGUGGUUUGUCUGCAUUUUUCCGCGGUGGCCAGUGUGUGUGCGAGUGUGCAAGUGUGUGCCAGAGGCCAUCUCUCUGGGAAAACAUUCUUCCCGAGCGGAGCUUUCUUUUUGUGUAUAACAAAAGAGAACUGGGCAAAAACAAACGUAAACACGGCAUCGCCAACUUGUGCAAUAUCCAAACCCAAACCCAAACCAGCGACAAAAACAAAAGACCGCCAAGUUGCCAAGUUCCCAGGCCACAAAAAGUUUGAAGUGCAAUUUACAAGCAGCGCCCAAAACAGAAACGGAAAAUCGACAUGGAAGCGUGGAAACAGCUGCCAAACGGAGGGCGUUUCCUGCUGCUUCUCCUGGCCUGCAUCGCCCACCUGGGCCACCCAAUCCUCGCCUGGCGCCCCUGUCCGGAGCUCAGUCCCGCCCUCCGUCUGCCAUGCAGGUGCAAUGUGGUUCCGUUUGCGGCGACUGGCCAACUGGGAGCCGUGGCCAUGGACUGCGAUCGCGUUGUCUUCCACGGCGAUGCCCCGCAACUGCCUUAUGGAGCGCCCAUCGUGGCGUAUACACAACGUCACAGCGGCCAACAGGUGCUGCCCGCCCAGACUUUUGGUCAACUCAAACUGACCAUUGAGGAGCUGGAUCUGUCCUACAAUCUCAUCCGAAGGAUACCGGAGAAGGCAUUCGAUGGCCUCAAGGAUUCGCUGAACGAACUGCGACUGGCGAACAAUUUGUUGGGCGACAAUCUGAAUCCCAUCUUCUCCACCGCCGAACUGCAUGUGCUGAAGAACCUGCGUCUCCUGGAUUUGUCCGGAAACAAGAUCAAGCUGAUCGAGGAGGGUCUUCUCAAGGGGUGUAUGGAUCUGAAGGAGUUCUACAUCGAUCGCAAUAGCCUGACAUCGGUGCCCACCAACUCUCUGAAUGGCCCAAGUGCCCUGAGACACCUGUCGCUGCGCCAGAACCAGAUUGGAUCACUCCUUGCGGACUCAUUCAAUGCCCAGCGGCAGCUGGAGAUUAUCGAUCUUCGCCACAAUGUCAUCCGCAGCAUCGACAGUCUGGCCUUCAAGGGACUGCAGAAGAUUCGGGAGAUCAAGCUGGCCGGGAAUCGGAUCAGUCACCUCAACAGCGACGUCUUCGAGAAGCUGCAGUCUCUGCAAAAACUGGAUCUGUCCGAGAACUUCUUCGGUCAGUUUCCCACGGUGGCACUGGCCGCGGUUCCCGGAUUGAAGCACCUUAAUCUGUCCUCGAAUAUGCUACAGCAAUUGGACUACACCCACAUGCAGGUGGUAAGGAGCUUGGAAAGCUUGGACAUCAGUCGCAACACCAUAACCACCAUUACACCAGGAACUUUCCGGGAGAUGGGUGCUCUGAAGUAUCUGGACCUCAGCUUAAACUCCUUGAGAACGAUCGAAGACGACGCCUUGGAGGGAUUGGACAGCCUGCAGACCCUCAUCAUCAAGGACAACAAUAUUCUGUUGGUUCCCGGCAGUGCUCUGGGUCGCCUGCCCCAACUGACAUCCCUCCAGUUGGACUACAAUCGAGUUGCUGCUCUUUCCGCGGAGAUCCUUGGAUCGCUCCAGGCGGGCGAUAUAACAACGCUAUCCCUGUCGAGGAAUGUCAUUCGGGAACUACCGCCCGGCAGCUUCCAGAUGUUCAGCAGCCUGCACACCUUGGAUCUGUCUGGAAAUUCCUUAGCUGUGAUCAAUGCGGACACCUUUGCCGGACUGGAGAGCACUUUGAUGGCCCUGAAACUGUCGCAGAACAGACUGACGGGUCUAGGAGGAGCUCCCUGGGUGCUUCCAGAGCUGAGAAGUCUGGACCUAAGUGGCAAUACGCUGACGGAAUUGCCCAGUACCAUAUUUGAGGAGCUGGAGAACGUGCAGUCCCUCAACCUGAGUGGCAAUCACCUGACUCCUCUGACUGGAGCUCUCUUCAAGCCCUUGGAUCGCCUGCAGGUCAUCGAUCUGAGUGGGUGCAACAUUCGGCAGAUAAGUGGUGACCUCCUGGCCGGCUUGCAGGAUCUCAAGCAUAUUUACCUCAAUGACAACCAGCUGCAGGAGCUCCAAGAUGGCAGUUUUGUGAACCUGUGGAACAUUAGCUCCAUUGAUCUAUCCAACAACCGCAUUGGAUCCAUUCGAUCCGGAGCCUUUGUGAAUGUGAUGAAGCUCCAGAAGCUGGAUCUCCAUGGUAAUCAGCUGUCCGCCUUUAAGGGCGAGUACUUCAAUACGGGCACGGGAAUAGAGGAGCUGGACAUUUCGGAUAACCAGCUAAGCUAUCUAUUUCCCUCCUCCUUCCGAAUCCAUCCGAGACUUAGGGAAAUUCGAGCAGCCAAUAACAAGUUUUCCUUCUUCCCGGCGGAACUAAUUUCCACCCUGCAAUACCUGGAGCACAUCGACUUGUCCCACAAUCAGUUGAAGACAAUCGAGGAACUCGACUUUGCCCGCUUGCCACGCCUGCGCGUCCUACUAGUGGCCAACAAUCAACUGGACAUGGUCAGCGAAAUGGCCUUCCACAAUUCCACCCAACUGCAGAUCCUGGAUCUGGCCCACAACAACUUGGAUCGCAUUGGGGAGCGAACUUUUGAGGGCUUGGUUCGAUUGGAGCAGCUCAACCUGGAGGGCAACCGCCUGUCGGAGCUGUCGGAUGGAGUUUUCGAGCGCACGAAGCUCCAGAUGCUGGAGAACAUCAACCUGGCCCACAAUCGCUUUGAGUACGCUCCAUUGAAUGCCUUGCAAAGACAGUUCUUCUUUGUAUCCUCCGUGGACUUGAGCCAUAACAAGAUCAAGGAGCUGCCAGGAGAUGACAGCAUCAUGGUGAACAUCAAGAGGAUUGACCUUUCCUUUAAUCCUUUAAGUUCCAAGGCAGUCCAUAAUGUACUCAACGAACCCAAGACAGUUAGAGAGCUCAGUCUGGCGGGCACGGGCAUUGAGAACCUGGAACUCCUGGAGACACCCUUCCUACAGUUCCUGAAUCUCUCCCACAACAAGCUGAAGAAUGUCAAGCCAGAGGUGUUCCAAAGGGUGACACUUUUGGAAACGCUUGACCUCUCCAGCAAUCAGUUGGAGUCCCUGGAAGAUCUUUCCAUGGCUUGGCCCCAACUUCAGGUGCUCCAAUCCCUAGACGUGUCCAACAACAGCUUUGAGAUCGUCUCACAGUCCAACUUUGGCAAGCUGGAGAUGCUGCGAUCGCUGCGCUUGAGCCACCUGCCCCAGUGCACGAGGAUCGAGAAGAACGCCUUCAAGCAGCUGCCCAAUCUGGUCAGCUUGGAGGCCUAUGAUCUUCCACUGCUUGGCUACCUAGAUCUCCAGGGAAUCCUGGAACUCCUGCCCGGCUUGGAGGUCCUCGAUAUCGAAGUAAAGGACUCUAGCAUCGGUAGCGAGCAGAUACAACCGCUGAAGCAUCCACGACUCAAGAGCCUGGGAAUCAGAGGUGAUCGACUGAAGUCCAUAUCCUCUGGCACGCUGGCUGGUCUGAAGAGCAACGAUCUGAGCGUCCAGCUGCGGAAUACUUCCCUAAAUGCCCUGCCCCCAGCUUUGCUCUUCCCCGUGCCGAGAUCGUCCCAUUUGAGCCUGAAUGUCGAGGGAUCCAAGAUCACCGUGCUGGUGCCACAGUUUUUAAACGCUCUAGAAGAUCGCAGGGCCAGUCUGCAGCUCCAAGGAUUGGCCAGCAAUCCGAUAGUGUGUGAUUGCAAUGCUCGAGCUCUGCGAAGAUGGUUGCCCAGUUCCGGUAUGCCGGAUGUCACCUGUGCCUCGCCUGCCUACCUGCUCAACCGGAAACUCAUUGAAGUGGGGGAUGAUGAGUUGACCUGUGAUGCCCGAAGGAUGACUUCGUCCACUUCCAGACCCACUGCAUCAGUGCCACACCUACUGAAGACUUCCAGCCAAUUGGUGACCAGGAGCAGUUCCACCACCGAGGAGCCACUGAUCAUCUGGAGCCUGGAGCCUACUCAGCCGCCCAGUCUGAAGAAGAUGAAGACCAAGGCACCGCUGAUGAAGGCCCAGUCGCCGAUUAUAAGCAACGAUGAUACCCUAAUCAUAGGCAUCGUGGGAGGAGUGGUGGCCUUCAUAGCCAUACUCAUCAUCAUCAUCUGCAUCAUAAGGCUGCGCAUGAGCAAUGCGGAGUACCAGCAGAACGCGACAAUGAUUGGCAUCCCGGCGGGCAUGCAAAUGGGAGCCCACAAUGCGGCGUACAACUACAAGAAUGGCGCGGGAGCAGCCCUGUACGCGGUGCCUCCCUACCACGCCACCUUGCCCCACAAGGCGGCCUCCAUCCACCAGUCCAGCCAGAAUCUCUCCCAGCGCCAGCAGCAGCAGCAACAGCAGCAGCAGGUGGCUGCAGCAGCGGCUGCCUACUCGACCAUGUCCCGCAUGUCGUACUUUAGCGGAGCGGGCGGCGGAAACGGCGAUGGAGCCGAGAGCCUGACGCACCAGCAUCCGCACCAGCACCAGCCCUACAUCAUAUACUCGGAUGACAAGGCCUACAGAUAAGCCGGCCAGCCAGCCGGCCGAUCGAGGGGCUCUUCAUCUUUCCCACUCCUCCAUUCUGUCCAUUUCAAUCUUAGUCAGUCAGUCAGGCGCAUCGCCGCAAACAGGUUCUACAUUAUAUCGCCGCUCUCAGCCACGUUGUAUAUAGCCUUAAAGCAUUCUAACCGUAACCCUAACUGUAUCUAUGUCUAACCAUAAUUAAGUGCAACCAAGUCGCUUAUGCGGAAUAAACAAAUCUAGUAUAAUUCAU